CAACCGUGAACCACUCGUUCGCACGAGUUUUCAAGAUUUGUUGUGAAGCGAACGGUUCCGGGAAGAAAAAUAUCGGCGAGAUGGCGCGCAGAAGCGUCGCGAUGCGUUCGAUGCUGCUCUCGGAGCAGCCAUGGCGGCCCUUCCGCCGCCCAUUCUCGCUGCCUCCCAUUCGAUCAUCCCUCCUCUUCUUCCCGAACGUAGAGUUAGGGCUACGUGGGGUACCGCUCUACUUCGGUGUUCUCGCGGCGACGCCCCGUCGGCGGCCUCCCGUCAGGAUGAACAAGGCCCACCCCAGGAAGCCAUCCUCAAGGCGAUUUCCGGAACAUGGUUAUAGUGCAGAAUUAUCUUGACUUAACAGCUUCUGAUAUUACAUGGAUGCUUCCAGAGUCUACUCAGGCCUGUACCCAACCUGUUUGCUGUAAAUACAGAUCAAAAGCUGGCCUGAGUUUAUUAGCAUUGCAUUUGUUCCUGCUGUGAGGUUAAUUUGUAUCCCACGGUCAGGCGGUUUACUGCAAUAGGAACUGGAGAUGACGAAUUUGUCCAAUCAAUGGUUGUUUCUGUUGAAUCUGUGAUCCAAAAAUCAAUUCCAAAGGGUAGGGUGAGUCAGGAAGUAUCUUCAAGGGACAAGUAUGUGUCAGCAAAUAUUGGACCUAUUCGUGUUAUCUCAAGUGAGCAGGUACCCUUCAUUUUUUUUCUCUUUUCCGCCACAUGCUACCUUUGAGAAAUUUCAUGCCUUGGAUGAAUAUGCCUUAAUUUAUCUAAGACUGAACUGGAGGUAUAUAUAUCAAGUAAAUCAGAGUGCUUGCUGACAACAAUUAUCAUGUGGCAUAUGAUCUGUGUUCCAAUUGACCUUUCCAGGUCCAAGCUGUCUAUAAUGCCAUGAGAAGAUAUGACAGGAUGAAGUACUUAUAAAUCAUAAUACACAUGUUUCUAAAAGUGGUCAUAAUGGUUCCAGUUGAAUUGACAUAAUCCAUGGCAAUUAGGAAGUUCUCAGUCAUGACAGGAAUAAAACCAAGGCUCGUGACUCUUCCAAUCAAGGAUGCUUCCGAGAAGCUCUUUUGUAUAUCCACCAAAAUCACGUCAAAUUCAAUGUCAACAACUGAGCUGAACGUCGCAAGAAACUUACCAAGCUUCUCAAUCAGAGACCACUCUCUGUUUCAUGACUUCGAUUCCCAUGCCCGUUUCAGAAACAGUCCUUCUGGUCACGUCCCACUCAUCGCAUGUCACCUCUGAAGCUGAAGUGGGUGUGUUUGUGUGCAGAAUGCAGCCACCGUACGUACGUGAGCAUCAGCAAAUCGACGGCUCCGAUGCUUCCAUGUGCAGCGGGUCGUGUCAUGGGAACUAAGCGCCAUCAGAGUCCCCGGAUACGUCUGCCUCAUGUACUUUGCGCCGACUUCCCGCCCUUGGUCAUCCGCCGCUCUCAUCAUUCAUCACCCAUUCGCUAAAUCGUCGACAUGCCUCAACACGACAUCCACUAUUUUCCCUCGCCAUAUACGGUAGUUUCGACAAAUCAGAUAACAUUUAAAUAUGCCGCACCGCCUCUCCGAGCCAUAAACAACUUAAACUGUUGAUCUUUUCUCGGUGCGGCUCGAUCCGUGCGUCCGCACAACAAAAAAUAUGCGAGAAAGUGUCUGCCGUCGAUUUUCGAUCGACGGAUCAUGAUACCUCGUGCGUAUAUUUACGCCUAAACCACCCCGAGAACAAAAGUCGACCCGACCGGCUAAGGCGGUGUAGGCGAUCGAACGGAGCGAGGAGCGAGGUACGGCCCCAUCGGAGAGAACACGAAUCUCGCAGCAACACCCUCUCCUUAUUUGUUGCCCAUCCGGGAUCCAACGGCGAGUAAGAAUGUGCGGCCACGUCGGUCACAUCACUGUCACACGCCUCUCGCUCUGUCUUCGUUGGGUGGUAAGUAAAGGCCGGUAAAACCCUAGUCUUUCUCUCUCAUCAUUUGGGCCAAAAAUAUCUACAAAUGUGAGUGUAUAUAUAUAUAGUGAGAAGGCAGAAAAAAGAGGAUCCACAACAAGCAAUGAACCUGUACCCCAAGGGGAAGGGAAAGGUCCACCCGUCGCCAGCGGCGCCACCGUCUGCCGGUGGAGACGAAGGAGGGUCCUCGGUCCAUAGCCACGACGCGCUCGCCGUGCUCAAGCUCCUCCCGGCAGCGAUCCUGGCCCUCACGGCCGCGCUGACUUGCGAGGACAAGGAGGUGCUGGCGUACCUGAUCACGCAGUCGAUCAAUGGUCCCGCCGCCGGAAUGGAGCCGAAGCGGCGCCGGGAGGCGAUGCCGCCGGCUCAUCGGCCGCUCUUCGACUGCGGAUGCUUCGACUGCUACGCCAGCUUCUGGUCGCGGUGGGACUGCUCCCCCGACCGCGAGCUCAUCCACCAGGCUAUCGAGGCGUUCGAGGAGCGCCUUGCGAGCUCGGAGAACAAGGGCGGUGGUGACGGCUGCAAGGGGCGGCGGAGGGAGCGGCAGGCGAGGGAUAGAGCUGAGAAGGGGAAGGGGAAGCGGAAGAAGGAGCGGGGGAAGUCGGUGGAGGUGGAAGCGUCGGUGGUCCACGAGCUGAAGUUGUUCGAAGCAUCGGUGGCCAGUGGAGCCGCCCGCUUUUCGGGCGAAGUGAAGGAAGCCUCAGAGACAGCAGAGCCCGCAACGGAGGUAAAGGGCGAGGAGAGGAGCGGGGAAGAGGAAGCGGUGGCGGUGGCUGUGUCCAACGAGAGGCGGAGGGGAUGGCCGGACCUGAUGGGGCUCUUCAACCCUCGUUUAUGGAGCCUUUGGUGUCCGGGCAUUUGAGGUCAUUUUGUUUUCUCUCUCUUAAUUUAAAUGAAAAAAAAUCAAAAAAAAGAGAAAAUAUAGAAAAUAUAGCUUAAUUGGGUGGUGCUGUUUUGGAAUUUUGAGUCCGCAGAUGCUGUUUAGAGAGUUGUGUAAAUUGUCCAUGUUCCCUAUUUCCGGUAGUUUUGCUGUUUUUUUUCUGGCCGGGAUAUAGAUAUGUGGAUAUAAUUUAGAUAUGUUGUGCUUUACUCAAUCACAGCAUUACUUUAUGUCUAAUAUGGCCCAUGUAAUAUUGCAAUAGCUAGUUUGUAUAAACCAGUUUCACUCAAACUACAAUUGCUAUCGUUGGAAGCUAUGUAGUUUUUGGUUUUUUGUUA